UGGCACGGUAGAGGGGAGAGUGGGUGGUGGUGGUGAUCGCUGAUGUAUGUUUUAUUUAUUUAUCGCGUUCGCCUUUAACUCCACUAAUGUACAACACCCCCUCCCCAUGCACAACUCUUCACUGUGCCCGGACAUCCAUUCGCAGCGUUCGCUUCCACGACAAUUGCGGGGUCCCAGCCUCCGGGAGACAGUGCAGCUGGGAGGCUGAAGGUGUAACGAUUCACACCAAAGACGGCGGUUUGCGAUGCAGGACUCGGGGGGUGCUGAGUCGCUAGGCAACAGUGCGGCCAAUCAGGCGCGAGCCAACGGGCGGAGCGGCCAAUCGGAGGGCGGCGGAGGAGAGGGGCAACCGUCGUCAGGGGAAGUUAGCGCGGCUGACCUCCUGCACCUCCAGCAACAGUUGCAGGCCAUUCAAGCUGCCAGGCUCUAUCUUCAGCAGCAGCAGCAGCAGCAACAGCAGCAGCAACAACAACAACAAGUGCAGUCGAAGAACAGUUCCAAAACAUCUUCGGCCAACGACAAGCAGCAAGCCACCGUACUACAGGUGCCGGUUGCCAUGAUGACCCCGCAGGUCUUCAGUGUGCAGCAGAUACAGCAGCUCCUGCAGCAGCAGCAGCAACAGCAGAGCCUGACGAUGCCCCAACAGCUGCAGGCCGCACUACACAAGCAACAGCAGCAGGCCAUAGCGCUGCAACAGGUGGGCUCGCAACAGCUGCAGGAGUUUUACAAGAAGCAGCAGGAGCAAGCCCAGCUGCAGCUGCUGCAGCAGCAGCAUGUCCAGCAACAGGCGCACGUGCAGCAGCAGGCCCAGCAGCAGGUGGCCAGCAAGGCGCAAAAGGAGAUGUCCUGUCGGGGCGGUUCAGAAAGUAACAACAGCAAACUAAACAAAAACACGACAGGAGUGCAAAGUAUAGGAAAGCUGAUGGCCCAGCAGCUGGCCUUCCAACAACUGCUUCAGCUCCAGCAGAUCCAGCAGCUGCAGCAGAUCCAGUCUCUACAGAGGCAGGGGCUGCUGUCCCUGCAACCCAGCCAGGGAGCCAACAUCCCCCUCCAGGCUCUGCAGCAAGGCCUAGUGUCGGCCGAGCUGUGGAAGGAGCUGGUGGCGAUUCAGGGCGCGCAGGCCGGUGGGGGGGGCCACGGCGGCCCGGCGCAGGCGGACGACGGCCCCACGCUCGCCAACGGCCGCCCCGAGAUGCCCGGCUUGGGGGGCAUGCGGCCCACACCCAGCCCACUCCGCUCGCCGCUCACCAACGGGCAAGGCCAGACGGCGGCGCACGGCAAGGACGGCUCGCUGAGCGACGACUCGCCGGGCCACCCGCUCUACCGCCAUGGCGUGUGCAAGUGGCCGGGCUGCGAGGCCCUCUGCGAGGAGUACUCCCAGUUCCUGCAGCACCUGCACAGCGAGCACGGCUUGGACGACCGGAGCGCCGCCCAGUGCCGCGUGCAGAUGCAGGUGGUGCACCAGCUGGAGAUACAGCUGGAGAAGGAGAGGGAAAUUUUGGAGGCGAUGAUGUCCCAUCUUCACGUCUCCAAGUCUCAGUCGAAGAGCUGCAUCCAGCCGCUGAACCUGGCGCGGUCGGUCCCCGAGACGCCACCGCGGAGCAAGACGCUGGCGCCGCACACGCCGCCCACGCCGUGCGGGCCGCCCGCGGCCCUCGCCGCCCUCUCGGCGUCGUCGGCGGCCUUGUCGGCACCGCCCCCCCUGGCCCCGCCGCCCCCGCCGCCGCGGCUCUCCGUGUCGCCGGGCUCCGGCAUGGGGGUGGUGCAGGGCCUCACCGUGCUCACGCAGAGCACCAUGCAGGCCAUGCAGGCCGUGGGGCCCAUCCGGCGCCGCAACCUCGACAAGUUCGGCUGCCUCUCGAGCGAAAUAGCGCAGAACCAGGAGUUUUACAGGAACGCGGAGGUGAGACCUCCCUUCACGUACGCCUCUCUCAUCCGGCAGGCCAUCAUAGAGAACCCCGACCGGCAGCUGACGUUAAAUGAAAUCUACACCUGGUUUACGACGACCUUCGCCUACUUCCGCACCAACACGGCCACUUGGAAGAAUGCCGUGCGGCAUAACCUGAGCCUGCACAAGUGUUUUGUGCGUGUUGAGAACGUUAAGGGUGCAGUGUGGACGGUGGACGAGCUGGAGUUCCAAAAGCGAAGGCCGCAGAAACCCACAGGGAGCCCCACGCUGCUGAAGAGCGCGCCCGGCGGCCUCGACAACGGCUCCUUGCUGAGCUCCGGCCUCCAGGCGUUGGGCGAAGGCAACCUCGCGUACCUGGCGCGGCACGGCCUCGUCAACCCGGCCACGGCGGCAAUGCUGGCACAGGCGGCCGAGCGGGCCCAGGCCGACCUCAACGGCAGCCGCGAGUCCGGCCCAGACAGCUCCGCUCGCAGCCCCUCGUGGUCCCCGCGGUCCCACGUGUACAUCAAGGAGGAGCCCAUGUACAUGCAGCAGAACGACGACUACUCCAGGGAGCGGGAGGUGGAGUUCGAUGACGACGAUGAGGUGGGGCGGGAGGCGGAUUUGGAAGAGGAGGAUGUGGAGGAGGAGGAGGAGGAUGAAGAGGCGGCGGCGGCGGUGGCGGAGUUUGAGCAAGGCCCCUUGUCGCUCGUCACAACGUCCGGGGGGGGCCGCUCCCCCGAGCCCCCCGAAGCCCAGGGCUACUGCGACGACAUCACGGAAGAUGACGACGAGGUAGACGACGACGAAGAAGGAGGAGGAGAAGAAGGAGGAGACAGGAUGAUCGGGAGCGACGGCGUCGAAGCGUCGGUGCCGCAUUUUCACGGUCACGGAGCGUACGCCGCCCAGUGAUGGCAUCGUUUCCGGUGCUUUGGGCCGGGGGUUUAAAAAACAAAAAUAGGUUUUUUGCAUUUUUUAAAAGUUGUACGACGACGACGUUUUCUACCGCCGGAACGAACGUUUGCCUCGCGUGGCCAUCGUCCCACUCGCCGCUGGCGGGGACAAAGACAAUGAAAGGAAAAAUGACGAUAGCUCGACGCAAAAAAGAAAAAGAAGAAAAUGGGGGGAAAAAAAACGAACGUGGGACUUUUUGUUUCUUUCACAAAAAAAAUGUUGCAAGAAAAAUCCGGCGAGCCCUUUUUUGUUGUGGGUAGGGGGGAGCCUCUCCACGGUGCGGAUUUUUGACCCGGCCGUCACGUUCCCCCCUCACCCCCCGCCCCCCCCCCUUGUCGCGAGUUUCCGUGACGAAGCGAACGUUCGCGAGUGGAGGCAGAAAGCCGUGCUUGUGGCCGGCUCGGAUGUUGGUACGUCUCACGUCAAUGCUGGAUGCUGGGACUUAUUUUUUAAAAUUAAUUUAGACACACACACAAAUAGGCCUUUACCUGGAUUGGACUGGUAUGCAUUAGUUUCUAACAAAAAAAAGAUAUUUUUUUAAAAUGGUAAAAAGAAAAAAAAAUCUUUAAAAAAUCUGACCGAUAGUAAUCGUGUUCGUACAUUGUAACGUUUCGGUCGGACAGAAUACUCCUUCGAUACCUUUACAAUACCACUGCCUUAAAAAUGAGUCUCAAGGGCAUUGGUGCCUGUUCGUCUCCACUAUGUAUGUUCAUCAUCCACCGCUCAGCAUUUUCUCAAACGCGACAGCGUUAGCAAUAAUGCCGUUGUAGAGUUCCAUCGCUCGUAGCUGGGGGCGCACAAGCGGACGAGUUGGCGGGAGGGUUUUGUAUAAAACGCCCUUCAAUGCUAACGUCGCCGCACCGUCCCAACGGAACGGCAGGGUCGCACGUACCUGUGAGCAGGGCACGCAGUAAAAAAUGUACGGCGUUCGGAUGGUUUCUGAUGCAACACAAAAAAAGUAUCGGCCGUGGGUUGGCAGCUCCCAAAAACCGCAACAGAAACGUGGCGUCACGAUGACCUCGGUGUGAUCAAACAGAGCGGCAGUUUCAAACUGAACGUCGGAUCGGGUAUUCACCCCCGAGUCUUCAUCAUCCGUUGAGUGGCGAGUUGCACCUCUGUGCGCACCGCAGUCAGCGCACUGCAUCAAACACACGUUCGACUUCCUUCAUUGUUUUAGCAAUUGUUUUUAAAAAGGUAGUAAUGGUGCAACCGUGCAAUUGCUCGCUCACGCCACUGCUGAUGGAGGGGUCUCCACCGGAGGGAACUCUUAGACGGUAUUUGGCCUAGUCUUCCACACUGGUCAGACAUGUUGGAAAAGGUGGGCGUUACCCACACCUGAUCCCCCACAUGCAACUUGUCGAUUGAAAUCCUUGAAAUUAUCGAUUUUUUUAAUUCGCACCUCAAUGAUGUUUUUUUUCUGCCACUGAUGUGAACGCGAUGUUGCGGUGGCUCAUUUCACUCACGAAUCGGGAAUUGCAACAGCAAAAAAAAAACCGUACAGUACGUUCAACGUUGUGGUUCGUGAUCAUUUGCUGUCGAAUGCACUAUAUAGGGUAUAAUUGCUUAAUCGCUAAAGCUUUGAAAGAGGCCAAACUAUGGACAUUAGCUCACCUUUAAAUGCCCAAAAACGGAAAUGUGA